AUCUGAUCUCUUCUAAUCUAAUAUAUCAUGAUUUAACUAAACAUCACGAAAGCACUUGUAAUUGUACAUCAAAAAGAAAAAAAUAUUGAUCAAAGUCCAAAACUAAAACAAACAAUAUCAUGAUCCAUCUAUAGUUGGGUCUAAAACCACACCCAAAAUUUGUAGCUUUGGUUGGCGGUUUAAUUCUCAAAAUUUCCAAAUCUUAGGCGGUCUAAAACUCACAAAAUCAACCGCACCCAAAAUGGUUAGAAAGAGAAGAUACAGUCCAACCCAUCAAGUCACUAAUGGCGCCGGUAAACUGCACCAAUGGCGCAAUGGUUGGUUGUGUAGCCGUUCUUUCUCUCUCUUUAGCCACCCUUUCUUACUUCCUUUUCAACCAACAACGGAUUUUCAAGCAUCCCAAAUCAAAAACUCAAAAUCUCAAUUGCACUAAAAAGUAUGGAAGUGGAAUUGUUGGUGCAAUUGGAAAUACCCCUUUGAUUAGAAUUAAUAGUCUUUCUGAUGCCACUGGUUGCGAGAUUCUUGGGAAAGCUGAGUUCUUGAAUCCAGGAGGAAGUGUCAAAGACAGGAUUGCUGUUAAAAUCAUAGAAGAGGCAUUGGCAUCUGGUCAACUAGCUCCUGGUGGAGUGGUUACUGAAGGUAGUGCUGGAAGUACUGCCAUUAGUCUCGCAACAGUUGCUCCUGCUUACGGAUGUAAAUGUCAUGUUGUGAUUCCAGAUGAUGUUGCUAUAGAAAAGUCUCAGAUUAUUGAAGCUCUUGGUGCUACAGUUGAGCGGGUCAGACCCGUGUCAAUCACUCACAGAGACCACUUUGUAAAUGUAGCUAGAAGACGGGCAUCAGAAGCUAAUGAGCAGGCAGCAAAAUAUGGUAAAAAUAGUGAAACACCAAACAGAACCCAAGAGCAAACAAAUGGUGAAAUAUUUAAAGAGCAGAAGAAAAAUUACACAUUUUCAAGGGACUGUACUGGAGGUUUCUUUGCAGACCAGUUCGAAAAUUUGGCCAAUUUUCGAGCCCAUUGCGAAGGCACAGGGCCUGAAAUCUGGGAGCAAACUGAAGGAAAGCUGCAUGCAUUUGUAGCAGCUGCUGGAACUGGGGGCACAUUAGCAGGUGUUUCUCAUUUCCUUAAGGAGAAAAACGAUAAGAUCAAGUGCUUCCUGAUUGACCCUCCUGGUUCAGGCUUGUUCAAUAGAGUAACAAGGGGAGUCAUGUAUUCAAAGGAGGAGGCUGAAGGGAAGAGGCUAAAGAACCCCUUUGACACUAUAAUUGAGGGCAUUGGAAUAAAUAGGUUGACUCAUAAUUUCAUGAAGGCAAGGCUAGAUGGCGCUUUCCGAGGCACAGACAAGGAGGCUGUUGAGAUGUCUAGGUUCCUCUUGAAGAAUGAUGGGAUUUUCUUAGGUAGCUCUUCAGCCAUGAAUUGUGUUGGAGCUGUUAGGGUUGCUCAGGCACUGGGUCCUGGCCAUACCAUUGUUACAAUCCUGUGCGACAAUGGGAUGAGGCAUCUGAGUAGAUUCUACAAAGCCGAGUACCUCUCUGAGCUGGGUUUGACUCCAUCUGCCAGUGGAUUGGAAUUUCUUGGCCUUCUGUGAGAGGAAAGAUAGGUAGAAACCAAUUCAGCUCACCAGAGAAAAUUGAAAAUGACAUACUAGAUCCAGUAUGCUGAAAGUUUUAGACUGAUUGUCUGAGCCCUGAGGUGUCGAUGCUGGAAUUUAGAUCAACCAGUUUUGUUUAGUACGGGGUAGUCAAAUUAAUCACCGAGCAUAUAUGAAGUACUCAUAUAUGUUUAUGAAUUGUUCGAUUGUGUCAACAUAUAAUUUAAAUGUAACUCUACUAAUUGGAAAACUCUGAAAAUUGUUGAACCAUUGACAUUGGGAUGUGCAUGUCAAGAACUAUUUCGAGGAACUACAGUUUAUUCACCACUUUACA